CUUCACACCAAUCGUUUAGCGUUUCAUAUCCAAAAAUCAAAAUGGUCGCCUGUUUUGUUAAUAGUUCUGUGUGAGAAAACUUUUUCCUCUUCAAAAUAAAUUGCAUUUUCUUUCGCAAAAACAAUUCAAAAACAUUAAAUAAUCAAUUCCACAUCAAGUGCAACAAAGUGAAAGUGUUAAUUUAAUCAAUUUAUGUGCCAAAAACUCAAGUGUUCCAUCUGGAAAAAAAGUAUCAAUUAAAACAGCGAUCCUACGUGCAGGAGAAAGAAAAGAAAAAAUAAAAUAAAAAAAGAAAAGAAAAAACAACCAACAAAAGAAAAUAUAAAAUGAGAAAUAAAAAUGAAUAAGAAUUUUUUUGUUUGUCAAGUGCUGCUACUUUAAGCGGGCCAGAGAAGCGAGAUUUAAGUCUCAGGAGUCUGCUGGAUAAUUAUUAUAUUGUUCAAGUUUUAAAAAAAAAAAUGUUUUCCUUCCUUCCGAUGGAAAAUUUGUGAUAUUCGAAAAUUAAAAACAAAAAAAAAAUCAACUGCAAGUGGAUAAAGGGAACUACGCCACUGCCAACAGCUUCAGCUAUAGCUACAGCACCGUCACCCCCAACUCUACGCCACUAGAAGCACGACGAGGAGAAGAAGCAGAAGAAGAAGGAACAACAAGGAAGAGAGGAGUCUCGGCCGCCCCCUUUUUUGUGCGCCUAUCAAACAAAUCAAUCAUCGCCUUUUCAUCGUCAUCUUCAUCGUCGUUGUAGUUGUCGUUUCGUCUUGCUCUUUCUCGCGUUCUUUGCACUCGCCUUCGUCGUCGUUUUCUUCGUCACAUUCACGUUUACGUCGUCGUCCGUCGCCCUCGCCUUUUUUUGUUUAAUUUUUUUCCUUUUUUUUAUUCUUUUUGUUGUUUUAUUUAACAAUUUGCAAGGAAGCGCAUUUCAAUUUUCAAACUUCCUUUUGUGAUUCUACCUUCCCCCUCCCUCUCUGAUGAGUGCCGUUUCGAGCAUCCAGCGGACUACUUAACAAAAAGAUUAAUGAACAUAAUUUUGAAAUCAAGAAAGGGCAAUAAAAGGCUUAACACUGGACGUGAAAAGUGUUUUUAAAGGGUAAUGGCGGCCUCCACUCAAGGAGAAAUACGAGUGGGUCCCGGCCACCAGGUAAACGAUGUCUAUGCAAAACUGCCCGAUUAUAAUCCAAUUUCAAGUUUUCCCGUUGAUAAAGAAAUCGAUGAGCGUGAAUUAGAAGAACCACGAUGGAGUCCUGGAAUAGUUGCCGAUGGAGAUUUAAUAAUGUUUGUACGUGCAGCACGUUCCAUGGCAGCAUUUCAAGGCAUGUGUGAUGGAGGUUUAGAAGAUGGUUGUUUAGCAGCAAGUCGUGAUGAUACUACAAUUAAUGCACUAGACGUUUUACAUGAUUCUGGUUAUGAUACAGGCACUGCCCUGCAAGCUCUAGUUAAGUGUCCAGUUUCCAAAGGAAUUGAUAAAAAAUGGACAGAAGAUGAAACUAAAAAAUUUAUAAAAGGUCUAAGACAAUUUGGCAAGAAUUUCUUUCGCAUUCACAAAGAUUUAUUACCGCACAAAGAAACCCCCGAGCUUGUUGAAUUCUACUAUUUGUGGAAAAAGACUCCAGGCGCAAAUAAUAAUCGACCACAUCGUCGUCGGCGACAAUCAUCGUUGCGUCGCAAUCGCGUAACACGUGCCAGUAACGCACCACCAACGAAAAAAGAGGACACACCCGAACCUCAAGUACCAAUUGAACCAAUACCCGUAGCUAAAGAAGAAAAUAGCUCGUUAACAGAAGACGAAGCUAGUGAAUGUGAUAGUGAUUCGAGCUUAACAAACAAAAGGGAUGAAUCACCGUCUAGGAUGAGGACACGUAAUAAACCACAACAAAAUAAUAAUAAGGAACAAGUGGCAAAUGGUAAGAGACCGAAACGAGGUGGAACCGAAACGCCAGAAGUUACCGAUACAAACAGUCCCAAAACACCUACCAAAACGGAGAACAAUAAUAAACGUAAGCAGGCGAAACAGGAUACGCCUAACAAGAAAAAGAGGUCCGAUACGGACGGAGAUAUCACCGAUGAUAGCAAGGAGAAGCGCAAGAGAUCGGACAGUCCGGUGGAGAGCAUGAAUUCGGACAGUCGUCCUGAUUCGGUGCUGGAUGAGGGUGAGAACACUAACGAUACACCUGAACCACCGCAAUUGGCUAUUGCUCCUCCCAAAGAAGUCGAAGAAAAAGUGGUGGAAGAAAAGGUGAUCGUCCCAGUUGCAGAGCUCCAGGUUAAGGUGGAGAAAGAGCUGGAACAAGACGAAGAGACCAACCAACAAGCACCGAUUGUAGUUCAACAACCGCAGCAGCAGCAGCAGCAACAGCUGCCGCCAGAGAAGCAAUGCAGUGAUGAAAUCGAAAAAAUGCCACAACCGCCAGAAGAUCAGUUGAAUGAGAAUGAUGUUUCACAGGAAAUCCCUGUUCAGCUUCCUGUUCUUCCACCUCCGGAAGAAAUGGUAAACAAUGGUGGCUAUGUUCCCAAGGAACAGGAAAUGCUCUCUAAGAUAGCCAACAUGAAGCAGGAGACAAACCUAUCAUUGCAGCCGGCUGCUAUCGGUGUUCCACCCAUUCAACCGGUAUUAGCACCAGUAGUACCACCACAGCCACCAAUGGAGUUCUCGGCUAAAGAAGUCUACAUUAAGAAAGAACCCCUGGACGACUCCUCUUCAAUGGAUGCAACUUGUAAUCAAAAUAGCAAUGAACCACAAGACCUGAAGGUAAAAAUCGAGGUCAAGAGCGAAGAUGCUAAGCCAAAUGUAAAUAUUUCCCCAGCCGGCAUGUCAGUUGGACUGCCACCUCCAUCGGCGCUCAAUCCUCAAGCUUUGGUCAACGAGAUGCCGGAGCACAAAUACGACACUCAACAGCCACCGCCACCUUUCGAUGGUCACAUCAAGUUCAGCAAUCCCGGCGGCGAAUUAAAAUAUCCUGGAGAUAUUGAAAUGAAGUACAACGAUCAAAUCAAGUACAACCCAGCGGGCGAGGUUGUUGCGAAAUUCCCUCACGAAAUGAAGUAUCCACCGCCAUGCGAGCCCAUGAAGUAUGGCCAAGAGUUGCCAGGCAAAUACGAGCUCAAAUACGGUAUGGAGCACGGUGGCUUGCCACCAAAGUCAUUCAAUGAACCCAUCAAAAUCCCAGAUCUCAAGGCAUAUCAGCAGCAGCAACAGCAUCAACCACCGCCAUCGCAGCAGGAAAACCAACAAAUGAAGUAUCCUCCACUAGGCGGUGUUGAUCCGAAUCAGCAACAGCAGAACCCCGUUGCUAUGCCGAAGCCUCACUAUCAGGCUGAUGUUCAUCCGUUGUCCCGAUCUCCUUACGAUUCGAGUAUAAUGCUCAAAUACGGUGAUCCUAUGGGUACUAAGUAUGGAUUGGGCCCACCACCUGGUCACCAACAGCCACAGGAUUUGAAGUAUCCUCCGCCGGAUGGUGCCCUCAAGUCGGCUUACCAUGGGGAGAACCUUAUUAAGAGCAGUCCGUUCGGUGAUCAUCAAGGUGGUGUUAAUAAAUACCCACCUUCGGAAAGCCCCAUUGAUGCGUCAUCACGGUCGACGCCCAAUCAGGAUAGUCAGGGAAGCAACAGCAACUCCCAGCAGUCACAACAGUUUCAUUCACCACAUCCCUCACCCCAUAUGCCUUCAGCUGUGCCCGCGGGCAUGCACCCACAGAACUUGGUUUCACAGCAACAUCCUGGUAUGCCACCGAACUCGCUGCAUCAUCCGACACCUACACACCCGGGAAUGCUUAGUUCGCUCGCUUCGCAACAGCAGCAACUUCAGCAUCAGCAUCAACUCCAACAACAACAGCUGCAACAGCAACAUCAGCAGCAGCAACAGCAACAACAGCAGCAACAACAACAACAGCAACAGCAGCAACAACAGCAGCAGCAACAACAACAGCAGCAGCAACAACAGCAACAACAACAACAACAUCAACAGCAGCAGCAACAACAGCAGCAACAGCAACAACAACAGCAGCAGCAGCAGUCACAAAACUCAAACUCCUCGAAUAUACCAACUUCAUCGUCUUCGAGUAUGCUGAUUCCCCCGUCAUCGGCUCCAAAUAUACUCAUGCCGCCGAGUUCAUUGCAACACAUGCAACCUGGUGGCCCAAGCCAUUUGCCACCAUUGCACAGACCCCAUCAAGAUAUCCCGCCAAAUCUUCAUCACCCGGGUAUUCCUCUCUCAUUGCAGGGUCAUGGUGGACAUGGUAUUCCACCGCCUCCCCAAAGUCAUCAUCCUUCGUCGAUGCAACAGCAGUCGCCAGCGGGGCAACAGCAAGGCGUUAGAACGCCCUCGCCCGCUCAACAACGUCCGAUGGAGUCACAAAGUAAUUCGAACUCUCAGAACAAUAGCAGCCGGGAACAGCAAAUGCAACAGCAGCCACCUCAUCGAACGUCCCCACUUCCGGGUCUAUCGAAUCCUCAAGGAAUGCUCGGCCAUCCGAUGCCGCUUCACCCUCACAUGCACAUGCAAGGUCACCCAGUACACCAUGCAGCCCAUAUGAUGGGUGGACCUGGAAUGGGUGGUGCCGGUGGACCAGGUGCUCCUCUGUCCCUCAUCGGAACAGCUAUGAGCGGCCUCAACGACUCCGGAAUAAGCAGGCGUACACCACCAGUUGGUGGAAUUCCCUCUUCGGUGUCAUCCGCUCCCUCUGUACAAACCACAACAACGGUGCCAUCAUCUGCAUUUAGCCGCGCAAGUCCUAGCGUUCAAAACAGUUCAGGACCAUCUCAAGGCCCUCCGCAAAUGCACUUAAACUCUUCGUCUGGUUCUUCCUCCCAUCGACCGUCGUCUCCAGCAUCGAGUGGUGGCAGCAUAAGUCGCCAAUCUCCUCUCCACCCAGUGCCACAGAGUCCUCUCGGUCAUCACCCGUCAGCAUCAGCUCUUUCGGCUGCCGCGGCAGCUGUGGCUGAACGCGAUCGUCAUGCUUUGUUGCGCCAACAAUCACCGCACAUGACUCCGCCACCGGUGUCCAGUGCAUCGGCGCUGAUGGCCAGUCCCCUUAGCAAAAUGUAUGGUCCUCAAGGUCAACGUGGUCUCGGAACAUCACCUCCUCCGCAUCUACGUCCUGGUGCAUCACCGCCAGUGAUACGACACCCGCAGAUGCCACUUCCCCUUCCCCUUAUCGGGCCUGGAGCGGCAAUGCCCCAGAUGGGAGUUCAUCCAGGUCAGGCGCCAUAUCCCCACCACCUGCUUCACCCGUCAAUGUUCUAUUCGCACCAUCACAAUCCAUUCAACUCACCCUACCCUUACCAUCCGUAUGGUCCUGGUUUCCCAACGGCCUACAUGAAGCCUCCUCCGCCAGCGGGACCUCUCGAUCCGGCGGCGGUUAUGGCCCACCACCAGGGUAUGCCGCAGCAAUCGACAGCAACCCGUCCCGAAGAGAAUCCACACUCAUCGGCGAUGGAUAAACAGAACAUGCAAAACAUGCAGAAUAUGCAGCACAAAAUCAAACCACCCACACCAAAGACGCCACAGGGUAGCAACAGUGGCAAUAGCGCUAGUUCAACUCCAACAGGUGUUGGAGGACCAGGAGGUCCAGUUGGACCAGGAUCAGGUGGAGGCGGCGGUGGCGGCGGAAGUGGUGGUGGUGGUGGAGGAGGACCGCCACCACAAUCUCAGUACCCAGGUUCACAUCCCGCUUAUCCGCCACAACAGCAUCCAGCGUUCCAGGAGAACUCACCAACGCUCGUUAAGCCGACAAGUCACAUGGAUGCAUUGCGUGCACACGCCCACUCGGCGAGUAGUAGUCUCGGUAGUCAUCAUUCUACAGAACCUUUACCAAUUGAUAUUGAACCUGAUCCAGAGCCGGAAAUUCCAAGUCCUACGCACAAUAUACCUCGUGGACCAAGUCCCGAGGCUAAACCCGAUGACACCGAAUGCCAUCGAUCACAAUCUGCAAUAUUUGUACGGCACAUUGAUAGAGGAGACUAUAACUCCUGCACAAGAACUGAUUUGAUAUUCAAACCGGUAGCCGACUCUAAAUUGGCACGCAAGAGGGAAGAACGCGAUAGAAAGAUUGCCGAAAAGGAAAGAGAACGACGACAGCAACAACAACAGCAGCAGCAACAACAGCAACAACAAGCCCAGGCUGCCCAACAAGCUGCUCAACAAGCCAAGCUUAAGGCGGAGUUGAAACCUCCUUAUGCUGACACACCUGCUCUUCGACAGCUCUCCGAGUACGCAAGGCCACAUGUUGCAUUCAGCCCUGUUGAACCGAUGGUAGCACCAUAUCAUCACGCAAUGGGGCCCAUGUAUAGUAGAGAGAGGGAACUUGAAGAUCUGAAAAACGCACAAGCAGCAGCUGCUGCAAGUCAAUCAAGAUUGGAUCCACACUGGAUGGAAUAUUAUAGAAUGAGAGGAAUGCAUCCUUCGCAAUUCCCCUUAUACGCUAAUCCCGCUGCAAUAUCACAAAUGGAAAGGGAACGUCUAGGAAUUCCACCACCACACCACGUUAGCAUGGAUCCAAACGAGCAUAUGAUACGAUUGACCCGAGAAUAUCAUGCACAUUCUCAUACUCAUUUACAUUUGCCUUCACAGCAACAACAGGAGGCCGGAUUUCAACUGCCACCGAAUGUUGGACCAUAUCCGAGACCAAAUAUGCUUAUGCAGAGGGAGCCCCAUUCGGAUGUUUUACUUCGGAUGUCGUACGCUGAUCAGCUUCAGUAUUUACAGGCGGCUGAAUUCCAAAGGCAAUCUCUCCAUGAUCAGUAUUUCAGACAAAGACCGAGAUAAACGGAUGCCCAUAUUAGUAACGGAUCUUGUUCUUCUACUUCUUGUGUUCGUGUUUGUCUGUGCGCAAAAUAAACAAAAAAAUAAAACAAUUACAAAACAAAAAAAAAAACAUUUAAAUUGUUUUCCCAUUUAUUAAAAAAAAUCAAUUGCGUUGAGCAGUCUUUUGGACUUCCAACAGCAAACAACAUUUAUAGCAACGGUGAUUUGAAACAAUUUCUAAAGAAUCUUUUUAAAAAAAUAAAAUAAAUAUAAAUAUAUAUAUAUAUAAAAAUAUACAUAUAAACAAAAUCUGUAUUAUUAGAUAAAAUGAAUGAAAAACAAGCAAACAUAAACAAAACAAAAAAACUAAUAUAAUAAUAACUAAUUAUUUAUUAUAUCCUUGUGAAUAGUUAAAUUAUUUCAAUCAAUUGAUAUUUCCAUAAAAUUAUUAAUUCUUAACUAUAAAAAAAAUAAUUAAAUGAUGAAAAAAUGUAGAGAAGAACAUAAAAUAUCAUAUUUAUAAAAACAAAACAACAAAACAAACGACAAGAGGACAAAAAGUUUCACAUUUUCAGAACUAUUAACAUAUUUUAUUUCAAUAAAAAACAAAAACAAUCUAGACGUAAUGGAGUGAAUAUAAUAUUAACAAAUUAUUUUUAAGGAAUUUAAUUUAAAUAAAUAAAAAAGUUGACAUAUAUGACAAAAAGAAAACAAAAAUUAAUAUCUUAUAUUAAUAUUAUUAAGUUCAAAAUAUUUUUGAACAACACUUAAAUAUUAUAUUUAUGCUUUUGAAACAAAAAUCAGGAUAAAAGAUAAGUUUAUAUACAAAAAAAAACAAAACAUUGAAUUAAAAUUGCAAUUUGUUCAUUAGACGGCGGCACGUUAAAGAAACAAAA